GAGGAAUUAAACUGCCGAGAUAUUACUUUUGCUUGAAUCUCUUUGAUGCCACCCCCAGCAGCUGGUUCUACAUCGAUGUUUGCUCCUUACUUUCGAUUUGAGAGAUAGUUUGUUACACAGAUCGAGAGGAAGUUGCAGAAAAGCUUUUGUUCAUGGGAUAUUACUUUUGCUAGAUCUUGUGUUCCCAUGAUUUCUUUUCUAAACGAAAGCACUUGAAUCCGUCAAAUCAUGGGAUCGCCCUUUUUCCAUCAAUCAAAUCAUGGAUCACCAAGAAGAAGCUAGCUGGAGAUCGAGCGAGAUGGGUCGGGGAAGGAUUGAGAUCAAGAGGAUCGAGAACACGACUAGCCGGCAGGUGACCUUCUGCAAGCGCCGGAACGGACUCCUCAAGAAGGCCUACGAGCUCUCCGUCCUCUGCGACGCCGAGGUGGCGCUCAUCGUCUUCUCCAGCCGCGGCCGCCUCUACGAGUACUCCAACAACAGUGUUAAGGCCACAAUUGACCGGUACAAGAAGGCCCAUGCUUCUGGCUCAACUUCUGGGGCACCUCUCAUUGAGGUCAAUGCUCAGCUAUACUACCAGCAAGAAGCUGCAAAGCUGCGCCACCAGAUCCAGAUGCUGCAAAACACCAACAAGCACCUGGUUGGCGAUUCUGUGGGCAACCUGUCACUGAAAGAAUUGAAGCAGCUUGAGAGCCGGCUGGAGAAAGGCAUUGCAAAGAUCAGGGCCAGGAAGAAUGAGCUGCUGUCUGGGGAGAUCAAUUACAUGGUCAAAAGGGAGAUAGAGCUUCAAAAUGACAAUGUGGACCUCAGAACCAAGAUCGCGGAGGGGGAGCAGCAGCUGCAGCAGGUGACCAUCGCCAGGCCCCCGUCCGUGGCGCCAGAGCUGAAUCCGUUCGCCGCGCUGGACAUGAAGUGCUUCUUUCCCGCCAACCUGUUCGAGGCGGCGGUGCAUGCGCAGGCUCAGGCGCACGCUCAAGCUCAAGCUCAGGCUCAGGCGUCGCUGCAGCUCAACCUCGGUUACCAGCUCGCACCACCGGGAGUCGGCGACACAGCUCACCACUUCUGAUGAUCUACCUGUACAAGCUCUACCUUGAGGACACAACGCAAUAAGUUACCAGUACUGAGAUAUUCGUGUCAGUCCAUCUGGUUACAGUAUAUGUGUCCUUCGUUUUGUCGUUUGGACCUCUUAAUUUGCUGCUGAUGUGAAACAAAAACAAAAUUACCAGGAGUACUGCUAUAUAUAUUCUAGCGAUUGAGUUAAUGGAUGUCAAAGUUGUUUACUAAA